AUGGUUAAGGAAACGAAACUUUAUGAUCUCCUCGGCGUCGCGCCUACCGCCAAUGAUCAAGAGCUAAAGAAGGCGUACAAGACUGGCGCGCUGAAGUAUCACCCUGACAAGAACACCCAUAACCCUGGUGCCGAAGAGAAAUUCAAGGAAAUCUCCUCCGCUUACGAAGUCCUUUCCGAUCCCCAGAAGCGCCAGGUUUACGACCAGUAUGGCGAGGCCGGCCUUGAGGGCGGCGCCGGUGGUGGCGGUAUGGCCGCCGAGGAUCUCUUCGCACAAUUCUUUGGCGGCGGUGGCGGCGGUUUCGGUGGUGGCCUCGGUGGCAUGUUUGGCGGUAUGCAGAACAGGGGACCGCCGAAGGCCCGUACCAUUCACCACACACACAAGGUCUCGCUCGAGGACAUCUACAAGGGCAAGGUCUCCAAGCUUGCUCUGCAGCGAUCCAUCGUCUGCACCAAGUGCAGCGGUGUUGGUGGCAAGGAAGGUGCCGUGCGCCGUUGCUCGGGCUGCGACGGCCAUGGUGUCAAGACCAUGAUGCGACAGAUGGGCCCCAUGAUCCAGCGCUUCCAGACCAUGUGCCCAGACUGCAAUGGCGAGGGCGAGAUCAUCAAGGAGAAGGACAGGUGCAAGGGUUGCCAAGGCAAGAAGACCGUUGUGGACAGGAAGGUUCUUCACGUGCAUGUCGACCGGGGCGUCCGAAGUGGCACAAAGGUUGAAUUCCGAGGCGAGGGUGACCAAGCCCCUGGUAUUCAGGCCGGAGACGUCGUAUUCGAGAUUGAGGAGAAGCCUCACGCUCGGUUCACCCGUAAGGAAGAUGAUCUCUUCUACAAGUGCGAAAUCGACCUCGUCACCGCCCUUGCCGGUGGUACCGUCUUCAUCGAGCAUCUUGAUGAGCGUUGGCUCAGCGUUGAGAUUCUUCCUGGCGAGGCUAUCUCUCCUGGUACCGUAAAAAUGCUCCGCGGACAGGGUAUGCCCUCUCCUCGCCAUCACGACAUGGGCAGCAUGUACAUCUCAUUCAAUGUCAAAUUCCCUGAGAAGAACUGGACCGAUAACCCAGCCCACUUCGAAGCUCUCCGCGAGCUGUUGCCUUCGGUUGCCGUUGAGGCUGUCCCCCUGCGUGGUGGCGGCCGCGGCUUCGGCGCUGGUGGUGCUAUGGACGAGGAUGACGAAGAUGGCCACCCCCAUGCUGAGCGCGUGCAGUGCGCCUCUCAGUAA